AUGGCAUCUACGAGCAAACGAGACGAUUAUGCCAACCCUCCCUUGCCUGACGACGACUUGAUUGACCCUGAUGAUGCCGAUCUAGAUGAUUUCGACGACCCCCUCGGCAACACAUCCUCGCGCCAGCCAUUGACGGGCAACAUCGGCUCGAGCUCCUCCUCCUCGCGGCCACUGAACGAGAACGCCUGGACGUCACGCAUACCCGGCGAGGACCGCGCCGCGCCGCAAAACACAAUCGACGAGUCCGUUUGGGACACGCUCCGCCGCGAUCUCCUCGCCGUCUGGGCCAAGAUGAGGGAGGUGCUGUACCCCAAGUACCUGCUUGGCGGCACCAUGUUCGACGCCGACGGUCUGCGCGGCGCGUACGCCAACAUACGUGGCGCAGGCAUCUCGGGCGCCCGGGAGGAGCUCACGGGCCUGGCGAGCCGCUUCAUGGACUCGGAGGCGCUGCUGUCGCAGAAUAACAUGACGCCCGGCCUGCGAGACUGGGAUCUCUGGGGCCCGCUCAUCUUUUGCCUGCUCCUCAGUCUCUUGCUCAGCUUCAAUGCUAGGGCGGAUCAGAAGGAUGUUGUGUUCAGCGGUGUCUUUGCCAUGAUUUGGAUUGGAGAGGCUGUGGUGACGUUGCAGAUUAAGCUGUUGGGAGGAAGCAUCUCUUUCGCGCAAAGCGUCUGCAUCAUAGGAUAUACUCUCUUCCCCUUAGUGAUUGCGGCACUCCUCUCUGCCUUUGGCAUCCCGACCGUGGUCCGAGUCCCCGUGUACCUCGUCCUUGUCGCGUGGUCUCUGGCGGCAGGCGUCAGCAUCUUGGGGGGCAGUGGUGUGGUCAAGAACCGCGUUGGAAUCGCCGUGUACCCGCUCUUCGUCUUCUACCUCGGCCUGGGCUGCCUCUGCUUCAUCAGCUGA